AUGGCAACUAUUAGGAAGCUUGUAGUGGAAGUUAUCGAUGCGCGUAAUCUUCUCCCAAAAGAUGGCCAUGGAACCUCGAGUCCAUACGCGGUUCUUGAUUUUUAUGGGCAGCGGAGGAAGACAAGGACAGUGGAACGGGAUUUGAGUCCUGCAUGGAAUGAAACCCUAGAAUUUAACGUUGGAAAAACAUCGGACGUGUUUGGUGACAUGCUGGAACUGGAUCUUUUUCACGAUCGUAAUGUCGGACCUACGACAAGGAAUAAUUUUCUCGGAAGAGUGAGGCUGAGUUCAAGGCAAUUUGUGAAAAAAGGAGAGGAGGCUUUGAUUUAUUAUACUUUGGAGAAGAAGAGUAUGCUUAGUUGGAUUCAGGGUGAGAUUGGUUUGAAGAUUUAUUUUGUUGAUGAGGUGGUGCCUCCCCCUUCGCCGCCACCACCACCAACUCCUCCGCCGGCUGAGGAAGUGAAGCCUAAGACACCAUCACCACUACCAGCAUCCACAGAAGCACCGCCUGAGUCAUCUGUACCACCAAGUGAUCCACCAACAGCAGAGCCAGGAAAGAUAGAAACGCCACCAGAGCCACCAUUCGAUGGUGACAAGCCCAAUGAAGAACCACCACCAGCUCCGCGGACUGAAGCUCCUCCACCACAGGAUGAAAAUCCCACUCCUGAAGCAGAACAGCAACCUGAAAUGAAGCAACAAGAAGAAAAAAAUCCAGUGGAUCCAACUCCACAGCAGCCAGUACAACUGGAUCAAGUGAUGUCAUCUGUAGCAUCUGGAACUCCAUUUGAACGCAAAGUCAACAAAAUCAACCCUCCUCAACCAGUUAGCCGUGCAUCAUCAGUUAGUAGCUUCGGGUCCGAUAUGUCGGAUCGAACUACAAUUGAGCGGUCCACAUUCGACUUGGUCGAAAAAAUGCAUUACCUCUUUGUUCGGGUGGUUAAAGCCCGAUUCCUUCCCACCAUGGGCAACCCGGUGGUGAAGAUCGAUGUUUCUGGUUGUCACGUCAUUUCAAAACCAGCUCGAAAAACCACUUUUUUUGAGUGGGACCAGACCUUUGCUUUUAGUCACGACUCACCGGAUUAUUCUUCCAGACUAGAAAUCUCUGUCUGGGACCCAGUUUGCAGCAGCAUACCAUUAGGACCCACACCUGACGUGGCAGGACACGAUUUCUUGGGUGGGGUAUGCUUUGACGUCAGCGAAAUCCCUCUUCGGGAUCCGCCUGAUAGUCCUUUGGCUCCACAAUGGUAUAGACUCGAAGAAGGUGGGGCAAACAAGGGUGACCUCAUGCUCGCCACGUGGCUAGGGACGCAAGCCGAUGAAUCAUUCCCCGAUGCGUGGAAGACCGACGCUGCUGGUAAUCCUAGUUCAAAAUCCAAAAUCUACCAAUCUCCAAAAUUGUGGUACUUGAGAUCAAGCAUAAUUGAAGCACAAGACAUCUCCUUGAUAACGCCGUCAAAAGAUAUAUCAUAUCAAAUCAAAGUUCAACUCGGAUUUCAAGUUCUAAAAACAAAAUUUUUCGUGACAAGUAGCGGGGCUCCAUCGUGGAACGAAGAUCUAAUUUUUGUUGCAGCCGAGCCAUUUACCGAGCACCACCUCAUAUUUUCGUUGAUCCAAAAAAGGUCACCAAAAGAGCAAGUAGUCAUGGGCGUCACUAGCAUACCCCUCGCGUCCAUUGAGCGCCGUGUGGACGACCGCAAUGUGGUGUCAAGAUGGUUCACUCUUGAGGCUCCUAGUGAAGAAAAGAGAGUAUACCGCGGUAGGGUCCACUUGAGGCUAUGUUUCGACGGUGGAUAUCAUGUGAUGGAUGAGGGGGCCCACAUGUGUAGUGAUUAUCGACCGACCGCUAGGCAGCUUUGGAAACCCCCUAUUGGUAGUGUUGAAUUGGGAAUUAUUGGGUGCAAGAAUCUGUUACCAAUGAAAACAAAGGGGUCUACUGAUGCUUAUGCAGUGGCGAAGUAUGGUAGUAAAUGGAUACGUACACGUACAAUUUCUGAUAGUUUGGAUCCAAAAUGGAAUGAGCAGUACACUUGGAGGGUGUAUGAUCCAUCUACUGUCUUGACUAUUGGAGUAUUUGAUAGUUGGGAAGUAUUUGAAAUGGACGGCUAUAAAGAGGCCACAAGACCCGAUUUUCGUAUUGGAAAGGUACGUAUUCGUAUAUCUACGUUGACUACAGGUAAGGUGUAUCGAAAUACAUUUCCAUUGCUUUCCUUGUCACAAGCUGGUUUGAAGAAAAUGGGUGAGAUAGAAUUGGCUGUUCGAUUUGUACGUGCAACACCCACACUCGAUCUCUUACACCUGUAUUCGCAACCGAUAUUGCCCAUUAUGCACCAUCUUAGGCCAAUUGGUGUAGUUCAACAAGAAGCAUUGAGGGUGAUAUCAGUCAAGAUAGUGGCUGUACACUUAUCUCGAUCAGAACCGCCCCUUAGGCACGAGGUGGUGACUUACAUGCUUGAUGCUGACUCGCACACAUUUAGCAUGCGAAAGGUUCGAGCUAAUUGGUAUAGAAUCAUCAAUGUGAUUGCAGGGGUGAUAGACGUGUUCAAAUGGAUCGAUGACACCCGUGCAUGGAAAAACCCUACUGCUACAAUCCUCGUACACGCGUUGUUGGUGAUGCUCGUUUGGUUUCCGGAUUUAAUUGUGCCAACAUUGGCAUUCUAUGUAUUUGUGAUGGGUGCUUGGAAUUAUAGGUUUCGAUCGAAGACCUCAUUGCCACACUUGGAUCCAAAGAUUUCACUAGCCGAGUCAAUUGACCGAGAAGAACUAGAUGAAGAGUUCGAUGCAAUGCCAUGUACGAGGCCUAAUGAAGUCGUGCGUGCUAGGUAUGAUAAGUUACGAAUGUUGGGGGCACGUGUACAAACCGUGUUAGGAGAUUUGGCGACACAAGCCGAGCGCGUGCAAGCAUUGGUAAUGUGGCGCGACCCACGUGCGACGGGGAUUUUCAUUGGACUGUGUUUCAUUGUGGCAUUUAUAUUGUAUUUGGUACCGUCAAAGAUGGUGGCUAUGGCAUUUGGAUUUUAUUAUCUGAGGCAUCCAAUAUUUAGGGACAGAAUGCCAUCACCAGCUCUCAAUUUCUUUCGAAGGCUGCCUUCUCUAUCAGAUAGAAUGCUGUAA